AUGGAGCAAAGUAAUCAAAUUCCGUGGGAUACUCUUAUCUAUGAUGAAGAGCAACCUGUUUACAUGAGAAAACAAGAAUAUCAACAAGAAGUUAAAAAACAAGAGCAAACUCGCACAUUUGCUUAUCAAAGAGGACUGGUAUGUAAAGGUCAUAGUUGUUCAACGUGUGGUAAUUGUUGUGACUGGUAUUAUUGCAAUGAUUAUUAUGCAAAACGCAAUGGUGCUACUUGCAAUCGUGAUUAUGUUUCUAAUCUUUUUCUUGAUGAUGUUCUUUCUUCAAUUUAUGAUGAUACUCUUUAUAGUGAUAAUGAUUCUCUUUAUCAUGGUAUGAAUAUGAUAUGUAAAUGUCAAGAAAAUAAUUAA